AUGGCUGAAGCAGCAGCCGCUUUCUACACUGUCGAGACUGCCGUCGAAGGCGCUGCUGUCGGUGCCGUAGCAGUAGCUAAAUCAACCGUUCCCGUUGUCGUUCGCUUCAACAAGAUCAAAUCGCCAAGCCAGGCACUGGGGCGCAGCUCGCAUUCUUUGAAUUACCACAGAGGUCGAGCGUACAUCUUCGGCGGAGAUACGGAAAAUGGAUCCGCCGACAAUGCUAUGCACAUCCUCACUCUGCCUUCGGAUCUUGAACUGAGCGACACCGACUAUCAACUCGUUGACGCAGCGCCCGCCCCGGAGAGACCACUGGCUCCAUACAAAGAUAACACCUCCGCAACGUCCGCAGGAUCCUCGUCAUCCAAUCUUGUUCCUGUCGCUCGUGCAGCCCACGCAUCAACCACAAUCGACUCCAACAUUUUCAUCUUUGGCGGGCGUUCAGCAAAGUCACCGGGCGACAAUGGACAGACUUCGCUCAUCGAUGAGCAAGGCACUGUUCAUGUGUACUCCACUGUCGACAACAAAUGGAUCACGCUUAUUCCGCAACUGUCUAUGUGUACCUCAGGUGUUCCGGAGCCGAGAACAUAUGCGAGCAUGACCAGCUCACCGCACCCCCGGCCCGAGGGCAACAUCGCCACCACAUCCGAGGCGUAUGGUACACUUUUUCUGCAUGGUGGCUAUAACAAUGCCGGGACCCUCCUUCGCGAUACUUGGGCGUUCGAUGUCACAUCUAGAGCCUGGAGCAAGUGGCCGACCCUUCCAGAGCCAGGAAUUGAGGAUGUGGCUGGGGAUGGUCGAAUUUACUGCACCGAGAGUCGCCUCUGGAGGGUGGGGGAUGGCUUCGGCAAGAUGUCAUACUUGGAGGUCUCUCGUGACAUCGCCAAUGACGCCAGCGGAAAGAGUGAGAUAGGGGUCACGCCAAAAACAGGUCACUGGACAACACUGUCCUUUGGGAGCACGGCCGAGGCGCGGGAGCAUGAAAAGUCACCGUCCUCGAAAGGUCCCACGACAAGAGCCGACGACUUGCCCAUUCCACGGAAGGGCGCAGGCUUUCUGCCGGUCACAACUGGCGCAGGAAGAGAGUUCAUGCUCUAUUUCAUGGGUGCAGACGCUCCGGGCUCGACCGUGCCGGACAUUUGGACCUUCCAGAUCGCAUCCGACAAGGGCUCGGCCGCCGGCCUGAAGGACCGGAUUCGGACGGCCUUUGGUUCCGCCACCGGUGAACAUCGGUGGGCGCGCUGCGAUGUCGUGCAAGCUUCCAAAAGUGAAGGCGAUCUUGAGCGGCCUGAAGGACUUGGCGACUUUGCUGCGGAUGCUUGGGCCGAUUUUGGAGGUGGCGCAGCUGUCAUAUGGGGUGGGAAAUCCGCAAACGGGGAGACGAAAAACGAAGGCUGGGUUCUGACUGUUGACUGA